GAUGGCCCCCAUGAUUUUGUCCUCCCUCCGUCCGUAAGGAGAAAUCGACAAAUCCCGGCGGUGGUGACGGUCAUCGCCAUCGGGCCCCAUCGCUGCCCCUCAUUCCCUCUCGGGUCAUCUUUUCUCCGACAUUUACCAAAAUAAAACAUAUUUGGAAAAAAAAAAUACAGAGAUGACAACCAUUUGUAGUAGUACGUCCAAAUUAAAGCUAGUAAUAACAUAGACUCCAAGCCGAGAAGAACAAAGGGCGAGAGAAAUAUAGAACGACCGGUCGAGGAUGAGCGGGAUCGAACAGCGCAAGGUAUCGUCGACGGUGAUCGUGGUAGGGACGGGGCCUUCCGGCCUUGCUGCUGCUGGCAGCCUGAGCUUCCUCGGCAUACCCUACAUGGUCCUUGAGAGGGACGACUGCUUCGCCCCGCUCUGGCAGAAGUACGCCUACGACCGCCUCCACCUCCACCUGGCCAAGGAGACGUGCCAGCUUCCCCACGAGCCAAUGCCGGCCGACUGGCCUAAGUACAUCCCUAAGCAGCAGUUCAUCGAUUACAUGUCCGGCUAUGUCUCGAGGUUCGGGAUCAGCCCGCUCUACCACCGCUCUGUUGAGCGGGCGUGCUACGACGAGGCUAUCCAGAGAUGGAAGGCGGUGGCGAAGAACGUCCUCUCAGGUGAAAUUGAGGAGUACCAUGCGAGGUUCCUAGUGAUAGCCACCGGGGAGAGCUGCGACCCGUUUGUGCCAGCAGUGGAGGGGCUGGAGAGCUUUCCUGGGAAGGUCAUUCACUCGACACAAUACAAAAACGGCAAGGAAUUUGCUGGAAAGAGCGUCCUAGUUAUCGGCUCCGGGAACUCCGGCAUGGAGAUUUCGCUUGAUCUUGCUAAUCAUGGUGCCUCCACCUCCAUCGUCGUUCGUAGUGCGAUGAAUAUAAUGACGAGGGAGAUGAUGUAUUGGGCGGUGGCGCUGGCAAAAUAUUUGCCGUUCAAUGUGGUAGAGAGGGGGACAAUGCUGGUGAGCCGGCUGGUGUUUGGGGAUAUGAGCAAGUACGGCAUCCCGACCCCUUCGGAGGGCCCCUUCACCAUGAAGGCCAAGUACGGCAAGUUCCCGGUCAUCGAUGUGGGCACCUGCAAGAAGAUCCGUUCGGGUGAGAUACGGGUUCUGCCGGCGGUUCGGAGCAUAAGAGGGAGCGAAGUGGUUUUUGAGAACGGCAACUCACACUCCUUUGACGCCAUCGUCUUCGCCACCGGCUUCAAGCGCUCCACCAAUAAGUGGCUUCAGGGAGAUGAUUACCUUCUGAACGAGGAAGGUUUUGCGAAGGGGAGCUUUCCGACGAGCAAUUGGAAGGGGAAGAAUGGAUUGUACUGCGUGGGACUCGCGAGGAGAGGCAUAUUCGGAGCAGGCGUCGACGCCCAGAAUGUUGCUAAUGAUAUCAAGUCUCUCCUAUGAUCUCGAUGAGAUACCGGAUAAUAUUGAUCAGCAAUGCGGGUUUCUGUGGUGCAUAUCAAUGGGGCCAAGUAGAUUAUAAUUUUCUAGAGCAGGUUGAAACGGCAUUAUAUCUCCCGAUGGGCACUAUAAUGCAGUCUAUCUCGCUCUUGUCGACGUGUUUCCGAUGGCGAUACUGUCCAUGUUGGAGGGGGAGGUAGAAUAUUGUAUAAUUGCAUGUGAUGCUGUCAAAGUACGCGAAACACUGAUAAUUUUAUUGCUUCCUACCAAAAUUUCGAUCA